AUUUCGGGUACGCUACAGAUACGAUAUGUGGAGAAGGGUUCGGAGAGCGCUCCAGUGGCUGCGCUAAAGUAUGGAUCGACCCGCGAUGAUGCUAGUGACAAUCUUAGGGUCUUUGUUUUUCUGGAGAAGAAGCGGGGUGGAGCGUUUGUUUGUGGUAUGGAUGAAGAGACACUGGGUAUACGAAAGCGAACGCGACCUGUAUAAUUUAAGUACCUACUGUUCGAUUAUACUUGUUAUACUCGAUCUUCAGACACCACGUCAGAACCCAUACGGAGGGGGUCUAGGAAAAGAUGCUUGCGCACGCUGAUAUCAUCCUGUGUAAUGAAACCGUGAAGAGGUGCACGAUCGUGGUGUUAUUCCGGUCGGUUGUAAUGUGUCUGCAGUAACCUUCAUGCUUGUGAGGCAACAAGCUACAGACGACGGUAGUAACAUGUCAAGCCAAGGCGAUUGAUAUAAGCCACACGUGUCACUAUCAUCAAUCGGGGAACUUCAUCGUGCGAUAAACAAUUUGACCUUGGUGUUGUGUUGUA